AAACGGAAACAGAUAAAAUAAAGAUAGAAUUAGAAAACAGAGAGCCGAAGAAAUGCGAGUGUUUUGAACGACCCCUCCAAAGGCGUUUCUUUCUUUCAUGGCUUCUUCUUUGCCUUCAGUUGCUGUCAAUGGCACCCUCAAGCUCGACUCCGAUUUCAGAAAACAACCCUCAUCUUUUCUUCCCACUGAUAAGAGCUCAAAUGUUUCCUAUCAGAGAAGUUAUGUAGCCACCCAUUUGGAUGGAACUUCUGAACCAAAGUCUCUGGACUUCCGAGAAGCACUCUCUAUGAUGAAAGAGAAUUCUACUGUCGAAUCGACAUAUUAUGUCAGCCUCUUGCAAGAAUGCAUUGAUAAGAAUUCAGCUGCAGAAGCUCAAAUGGUGCAUGCCCACAUCAUAAAGACUGGAAGCCAUGGAGAUUUAUUUGUAUCGACGUUCCUUGUCAAUGUCUAUGUGAAAUGCGGAACCAUGGAAAAUGCUCGCAAGGUUUUUGACAAUUUGCCUAGCAGAAAUGUUGUUGCAUGGACAACUUUGAUGACGGGUUAUGUACAUAAUUUGAAGCCAGAGCUUGCCAUCCAAGUUUUUCUAGAAAUGUUGAAGGCGGGUACCUAUCCUACAAACUACACUCUAGGAAUUGCUUUAAAUGCUUGCACUUCAUUGCAUUCCAUCAAAGUGGGUGAACAAAUCCAUGCCUACAUUAUCAAGUACCGGAUUGACUUCGACACUAGUAUCGGUAACUCCCUUUGUACUUUGUAUGCUAAGUGUAGAGACUUGGAAUCUUCUGUUAAAGCUUUUAUGAAGAUCAGGGAAAAGAACGUGAUCUCGUGGACUGGAAUUAUAUCUGCUUGUGGUGACAAUGGUGAAGCUGCAAGGGGUUUACAAUUUUUCAGUGAGAUGCUUUCUGAAGAUGUUGAACCCAAUGAGUUUACCCUAACUAGUGUUUUGAGCCUGUGUUGUGUAAUGCUGACAUUGGGUGUAGGUACACAGGUUCACUCAUUAAGCAUCAAACUUGGCUAUGAGUCAAUUUUGCCCAUAAAAAAUUCUAUAAUGUAUUUAUACCUCAAAUGCGGGCAGGUUAAAGAGGCUCAGACACUGUUUGAGGGAAUGGAAACUGUCAGCUUGAUUACGUGGAAUGCAAUGAUUGCAGGAUAUGCCCAAAUGAUGGAUCUUGAAGGGAACGAUCUUUCAGCAUAUCAAAGUGGAAAUGAGGCACUCAACAUUUUCUCGAAAUUGAAUCGCUCAGACAUGAAACCAGAUCUCUUCACCUUCUCUAGUAUCUUAACUGUUUGUAGUAGUUUGGUGGCUUUAGAACAGGGGGAACAAAUUCAUGCUCAGACCAUUAAAACUGGGUUUCUCUCAGAUGUUGUUGUUGGAACUGCACUAAUUAAUAUGUACAAUAAAUGUGGAAGCAUUGAGAAAGCAAGUAAAGCUUUUCUUGAGAUGUCUACAAGAACUUUGAUAUCAUGGACUUCUAUGAUCACGGGGCUUGCACAACAUGGCAAGACUCAACAAGCAUUACAGCUCUUUGAGGAUAUGAGAUUUGCUGGAGUUAGACCAAACCAGAUUACUUUUGUGGGUGUUCUAUCGGCUUGUAGUCAUGCUGGAAUGGUAGAUGAAGCACUCAGUUACUUUGAGAUGAUGCAAAAGGAAUAUAAAAUUAAGCCCGUGAUGGAUCAUUUUGCUUGCCUAAUUGAUAUGUUUGUGAGAUUGGGUCGGCUAGACGAAGCUUUCAAUUUUAUCGAAAAAAUGGAUAUUGAGCCCAGUGAGUUUAUAUGGUCAAUCCUGAUUGCAGGGUGCAGAAGUCAUGGGAAUUUAGAACUGGGCUUUUAUGCUGCCGAACAGUUACUGAAGCUAAAACCAAAAGAUAUUGAGACUUACGUCUUGUUGUUGAACAUGUACCUCUCAGCAGGGAGAUGGAAAGAUGUUUCAAGGGUUAAAAAAUUGAUGAAAGAAGAGAAACUCGGAAAACUAAAGGAUUGGAGCUGGAUAAGCAUCAAAGGCAAGGUUUAUUCAUUUAAACCCAAUGACAAAUCUCAUCCUCAAAAUGUUGAUAUUUACAAAUCUUUGGAGAAUUUGAUUGACGAAGCAAAGAGUCUUGGAUAUGAAUCGCUAGAAACUUUGAUGGUAACAGAUGAGGAUGAGGAAAAAACAUCGUCUUCUUCUUCUGCACAUUAUCAUAGUGAGAAGUUAGCAGUUGCAUUUGGGUUAUUGAACACUCCUAGUGCUGCACCAAUAAGGGUGAUGAAGAAUGUAAUAAUGUGCAGGGAUUGCCAUAACUUUGUAAAGAUUAUUUCAUUACUGACAGAUAGGGAAAUAACCAUACGAGACAGCAAGCGGCUUCACAAAAUUGUCAAUGGACGAUGCUCUUGUGGGGAUUUUGGCGGUCUUCUAUGAAAACUAGGGAAAAACUGCUAACAUUCUUCAAAAACUUGUAAACAUGCUAUAUAUAUCGUAAUUUUUACGUGAUUUAUUAAUUAAUCUUCUUUUUCAUGUUAUCAAAUAACAUUGGCUUAAUUGAUAUGCCAUUUACAUCUACAUCUCCAAAACUGUGGGUUGGAGACAUCGGAUUGGAGGAUAAUUGUUGUAAUUUAUAAUAUAUAUAUAUAUAUAUAUAUUCUGUUUGAUA